GAUGGGCUGGGCCUUUCUUUCCGGAGUGUAAGCAGGUGACACUUGCCUAGGCAAAGCAGGCAUCUCUUCUCUUGUGGGUUCACAGGUGGCAGGAAUAGGAGGCUUGGCCACCUAAGGACACACAGCCUACUCCUGGUCACCCUCCUGAGGCCACAGUGCAAGAGCCUGCUACCCCAGGCUCCUUGUUCCUGAUGACAGCAUGGCAGAGGCACCUGCUGACCCUGGUAGGAAAGACCACUUGGAACAGAAAAUCCUGCAGGUGCUAGAGGAGGCUGGCAGACCCGUGAAGACCUCCCAACUGGUGAAGGAGUGCGGUGUGCUCAAGAAGGAGCUCAACCAAGUUCUCCACGAUAUGCAGAGGAGGAAGGGCAGCAUCUUCCAGGCAGCACAGGCUACAUGGUGCUUGAGCAGGGCUGAUCUUGGAGGCCCUGGUCCCACGGAGGAGCUGGCUCAGCCCAGCCUGGCCCAGAGGCCCCAGCAAGAUGGAGCUGUGAUGGCAGAGAGUCCUCACCCUCAGCUCAGUGACCAGUGUGCAAAGAUCUACAGGUUUCUGGAAGGAAAGGGGCCUUGCAAGGCACUGCAAAUCGCCCAGGGCCUGGGCAUGAGGACGGCGAGUGACGUGAACCCAGACUUGUACAAAAUGAAGAAAUUGCAGCUUCUGAGCCAUGAUCAGCAUUUGAAUGUGUGGGACGUGUCCAGGUCAGAAGAUUCUGGAAGAACAACUCAGUCCGCCAUAAUUUGCCAGAAAAACCCGAUCAACAUGGUCCUCCAGAGUGGGCGGCAGAGCCACAUCUCCAUCAAUAACUCCAGGACCACCCAGAUUGGCCAUGGCAACAUUGUGACCAUGACGGCGUCGGGGAGGGCGGCGAGUCCUCUGAGGGACACCAGGAGGGGACCUCUAGGGGGACCUGCUCUGCCUGGGAGGGAGCACAUAAUGGGGUCCCUGGCCUACAAGGACAACAGGCAGCUUCUAACCCUUAUAGCUCUCCCGUGACUGAGGCAGCCUGGAUCAAGCCUCUCCUGCUCUCCCUUCACUCAGUGCUUUUUGCUCAUUUUCAGUGAGAUCCAAUAUUUUUCCAUGAAGCAUAACUCAACUCACUCUCCUCAGGAAGAAUGUCAGGGAGUCAUCGUAAUAUUUUGUUCAUUCUGGACAACUUCUUUGCCCCCAUGGGUGACAUGUUGUAAUUGGGCCAUAUUUUGUCAUCAGAGGUAUCUUAAAUGUGGUGUAGUAAAUCGAGCACUUACUCUGUGCUGUGGCAUGAGGCACAGGGCCACUUGUCAUGCCAUUCCUGUCACCCACGUAUGGGAGCAUCGGCCCCAAAGUCAGACACUUCCCGUCACCUCAGGAAAGCUCUGCUCUGAGCCAUAGUUUCCCCUAUGGUGGAAUAAUCUAGAAUGAUCUAGAUUCUGGAUCAUUCUAGAUUCUAGAUCAUCCCCCAACUUUCAUCCUCUAAUACCACCUCCCUAAUUUUGGCCAUGCCCUGUGUGGUUAUUUGCUUACUGCUGUCAACUGAAUCAUCUUUUUUCAGCUUACAUUUAAAAUUUUUAGUAUAACCUUAAGCUGAAAGUCAUGAAGGACCAGGCCAGGCAUGGCAUCUCAAGUCUGUAAUCCCAGCUAUUCAGGAGGCAGAGGUAAGGGGAUUGUGUUCUGAGCCUGGCCAGGGCAAAAGUGCAAGACCCCAUCUGAAACAUAACUAAAGCAAAAUGACUGCAGGUGUGACCAAACGGUAGAAUGCUUGCCUGACAAGCACAAGGCCCUGAGUACCUGGGAUACAAAUCCUCAGUACGUCCCCCUCCUUCCAAAAAAAUGAAGGUCACUGUCAAAAUGAACUCCAGGAGGAUAAAACGACACCCAAGGCUCUGGUCUCUGCACGGAGAGGGGUUAAGCUACGUUACGCCGAGGAAGACUUUCUCCCACGGGCUUCGAGGCCUGAGCAGGUCCGGGAGGGAGGCUGGUAGCGUUAGCUCACUGGGUUACCUGGUACUAAGCCAGUCGGUUUCGCACAGGGAAAGUAGGGGGCCCUGACGCACGCCGUCCAUUGCUGUCUAGGACAGAGCAGCCUGGUGUCACCUCCAGCAACACCUGUUGUGUGUCCCCUGCCAGGUCCCUCAGCUCUCCAUCGUCUCCCUCCAACUGCACCAGGUGAUGCUUCUACUCAGGGCCCCCCCACUGGUGCCUGGGGACCCCAGG